AUGCCAAUUUCCGAAAUCACAGCAGCAGUCUUUCCUUCUUUCUUCAAACCUUCUUCUGACCAUCUUAUCUUCCCCACGCUCCAUUAUUGUGCUGCCGCCAUGGCCGCAGAUCUAGGGACGAGGGGAUGGUGCGUGGCUGUUGUGCUCUUCUUGUGUUUGAUCCUCGGACCCCGGUCGAUCUCAGCGGAGAGGCUUCCGGCAGGAAGCAGCGCCAAUGGUCGCGUGGACGAUAGCAAGCCUCUCCUCGGUCGCCUUGUGCAUUCUUUCUCCAAGAAUGGCUCCCACGCGCACCCUUGGCCCGAGCUGGAGCUUGGGUGGCGGGUUGUGCUUGGAUCCGCAAUCGCCUUCGCAGGGUCCGCCCUCGGGAGCGUCGGGGGAGUGGGGGGAGGCGGCAUCUUCGUUCCCAUGCUCACCUUGAUCCUUGGUUUCGACCUCAAGACUUCUGCUGCCAUCUCCAAGUGCAUGAUCAUGGGGGCCGCUGGAGCGACCGUGUACUACAACCUAAGGUUUCAACAUCCCACAUUGGAUAUGCCAAUAGUUGAUUACGAUCUUGCAUUACUAUUUCAACCCAUGCUUCUAUUGGGCAUUAGCAUCGGUAUUGCCUUCAAUGUGAUCUUUGCAGAAUGGAUGAUCACAACCAUCCUCAUCAUCCUGUUCCUUGGUACAUCAACCAAGGCAUUUCUAAAGGGAAUAGAGACCUGGAAAAAGGAAUCGGUGCUGUUGAAGGAAGCAGAUAAGUACAUGGGAUCAUCAAACAAUCUAAGAGAUGUACCAGAAUUGGAAUAUCAACCUCUCCCUGGGGUACCUGUUGUGAAUGAAAAGCCAGAAACUUCAUCUAAUGGAGGCGUUUCAUGUGAUGUUCCAAGGGGAAAAGAUACAUACUUAAAUGAGGUUUUAUUGCUUUUGAUAGUGUGGAUUGGAUUUCUCAUCAUCCACAUAAUUAAGGACAACACCAAAAUAUGCUCUGCUGAAUAUUGGAUACUCACUAUGUUGCAGGUGCCCAUUGCUGCUUCAUUGACACUUCAUGAAGCCAUCUGUCUUUACAGAAGAAAGAGAACUAUUGCCUCCACAGGCAAACAAGAUAUGAACUGGAGAUGCCACCACCUUGCCUUUUAUUGUUUCUGUGGAAUAAUAGCUGGGAUUGUUGGAGGACUUCUUGGGCUUGGAGGGGGAUUCAUAUUGGGACCGUUAUUUAUUGAAAUGGGUGUUCCUCCACAGGUUGCGAGUGCAACGUCAAACUUCAUUAUGAUGUUCUCGGCCUCCAUGUCUGUCAUACAAUACUACCUACUUCAUCGAUUUCCUGUUCCAUAUUCCGCGUAUCUGUUUUGUGUUGCAACACUUGCUGCCGUCGCUGGACAGCACCUUGUAAGGAAGGUCGUCAUUUUAAUAGGAAGAGCAUCUCUGAUAAUUUUCAUUCUGGCUUUGACCAUCUUUGUCAGUGCAAUUGGUAUAGGUUGGCUCGGCAUAGAAGAUGUGUUGCUGAAGAUUGCAAGGAACGAGAACAUGGGAUUUGAAAGCCUCUGUCGAUAAAUUUAGGUGCCUCUUUCAUCAUCCCUUAUGUACAUGUCAACCUGUAAGUUCUAUGCCGACGGUUCUUUGUUCAAACUGCGUCUUCGAUGCCUGUGGAUUACUGUUUUCUUCUUCUUUGUGGUAAGAUGGAGGAGACAGUAUGCAAGUUUCAUCGAGCAACAAAAACGAUAUUUUACAUUAAUAGAAAUAUAUAGGAGUAAACUGAUGGGAGCACAAUUGAAAAAGAAAGAUCAAUCUAAGCCUUUAUUCAUAA